AAAAAGUACUAAACUAGUGUGGUUAGGCCUACACAUAAUUUAAUUAUGUCUAUCUAACCAUUUUCUUGACAACAGGGAAUUUACUCCGAUUUUUUUUUUACCCCAGCUCUCGACCACGCAAAUCACUGGUGUAAAACUUUUUAAAAAAGUUUUAAAAUUGUGCACCUGUCCAAACAAGAUUAACAAUGACAUCAGUGGAUAAAAUAGUCAUGUCUGACACAGAAAGAACUUUCCAGUAUAACAAAGAUCUAUUGACUUUGCCUGUACCAGAUCUAUCAAACACCCUGAAAAAAUAUUUACAGUCAGUAAAACCCUUGGUGACUGAGGAUGAAUAUAAAAAGACUGAAUUUAUUGUCCAGCAGUUCGCUUCAGGAGAAGGAAAAUACCUUCAUGAGAAAUUAAAGGAAAAAGCAAAGAAUAAAAGAAAUUGGCUAGAGCUAUGGUGGGAAGAUGCUGCAUAUCUGGAACUUAGACUGCAGAGGCCAUUGAUGAACAUGGCUGGUCCAGCACCAUAUUCCUUAGAUGUUUGGCCUGCCGAACCUGGAUCACAAAUACCCAGGGCAGCUCUUAUAACCUACUACAUUUUAAAGUUUUGGGAAAUGUGUCGCAAGGAAACAUACAGACCAAUGAAAGAUAAUAAAGGUAGACCACUUUGUAUGUAUCAGUUCAGAAGAAUUUUUAACACAUGUGCUGUGCCUGGUGUGCAGAAAGACAAACUAGUGGAGUAUUUUCAAACUGAUUCUGAAGGUUCUUGUCCUUCUCACCUACUGGUGAUGUCUAAAGGACACAUGUACAGCUUUGAUGUUUUGGACGAGAAGGGUGAGAUUCUAACAGUCCCAGAGUUACAAGCACUGCUACAACAGAUCAGAGACCACAGCUCCACACUAGGCCCAGCUGAUGGUAUCAAUUUUAUGACUUCAGAAGAAAGAACAACAUGGGCUAGGGCACGAAGUCACCUAGUAGCACUCAAUCCCAAAAAUUAUCAGGUUAUUGAACAAAUUCAAACAUCUGUGUUUGCAUUAUGGCUAGAGGAUGGCUAUGCAGGGGAUGAAACUGAUUUGGCAAAUAAGUCACUUCUGGGACCUGCUGAAAACAGAUGGUUUGAUAAAUCCAUAUCCAUGGGUGUCUAUGAAAAUGGGCUGUUCAUCUCUAAUGCUGAUCACACCCCUGCUGAAGGUAUUAUGAUGGUAUAUGUUACAAGCUAUGUACACUUAAAACUUCGUGAAUGUCAGGGGAAAUGGCAGGGCAGCAGCCAGAUAAGAAAGUUAAAACAACCAGAGCUACUACAGUUUGUGAUAGAUGACUUCCUUAGAAAAGAAAUUGAAGCUGCCAAAAAAAAUUAUGCAAAGCUGAGCCAGAUAGCAACAGCAGAGUUGAGAGUGUACAGUAAAUAUGGCAAGCAGUAUUGUAAAGAGAAAAAUGUCCACCCAGAUGCUCUGUGCCAGCUGGCUAUGCAGUUGGCCUACUAUAGGACUUACAGAAGGUUAGCACCAACUUAUGAAACUGCUCCCAUUAAACAGUUCUAUCAUGGUAGGACAGAGACAAUGAGAACCUGCACUAGUGAGGUAAAACAGUGGUGUGAGGCAAUGCUGGAUCCUUCUGCCAAGCCUCAAGACAAAUUAAAAACAUUCUUAACAGCAUUAAAGAAACAUGUCAAUGACUUUAACGAAGCCUGUGAACUGAAAGGUUGUGAUAGGCAUUUAUUAGGGCUCUACCUGGUAGCUAAAGAAGAAAAUCUUCCCGUCCCCAUGAUCUAUCAGGACCCAUCCUAUUCUAAAAGUGGUGGUGGUGGAAAUUUCAUUUUAUCUACAAGCUGUCUUGGCUUUACAACUGUCAUUGGAGGAGUUCUCCCUAUGUGUGAGAACUGCAUCGGAACAUUUUAUCGCAUUAAUGAUGACAGAUUAUCUUUUUAUGUAACCACAUGGAAUGCCGACAAGGACACAAGUAGUCCUGGUUUUGCUGAUGCAAUAUGUAAUGCCCUGGACUCUUUAAAAGAAUUGCUGGAUGUAGGAACAACCAUGUCAAAACUGUGAUAUUUUCUAGCUGGUUUUUCAAAGUGCUGUUAUAUCAUUCAGACUUCAAAAGCUUUGAGGUUUUGUUACUAGAUUUUCAUUACCAUUUAGCAUAAUAGGCUCUUAUUUAUGAAUGUAUUUUAUCAUUUCUUACUACUUGAGGUAAAAUAUAAUUUUGGAAUGAUUUUAAUAUGUUACAUAUUUUUGGACACCACUCUUUCAUGGACACAAGUUUUUGCUUUGUAUAGAGUAAAACUUAUUCAUUGCACCAAAUCAAAACUUGCAGCUUAGCUAAGGCAUAGGGGGCUUUUCUGUUUUAUUUUUAUCUAUAUUUUACAAGCCUGAAUAAUUAUUAAAAUCCUUUGCAAGUAAGAAUUCUUUACUGCUUCGUUUGCCACCGAAUCUGUAUGAAUUUUGUUUCAGGCAAAUUCAGGGAAUUGGCGUCUAUAUGUAGCUAUUAAUCAAUAUUAUUUUAAAAAUCAGUUUUAUCAGAUUAUCAUUAAAAUAAUUUUUUUACUAUACAAUUUUACAAGAAUUCUCUUUUGUACAUAUUCAUACAGUAAUCACGAAAAUUGUUUUAAAAUAAAUGGCAAUUUGAUUUUUUUCAUCUACUAUGUUAAAAUAUUUAAUUUUUUUUGUUAACAAAUUUUUAAAAGUUCUGGAUAUUCUAAAUGGUAUAUGGGCAGCAAUUUUCAUGAAGUGAAUUCACAGAGGAGGGGAAAAAUCAUAGUAAAAGUGAUUAUUGCAAAAUUAAAGAUCCCUAUACCAAAAAUCUUACAAAAGAUUGUGUGUAAAGAAUGUAAAAUUACAUUUUUUUUACUUUGUUACUUUUCACAUAAUGAAAUGGAUCAUUUAAAGAGUAAACUUCACUUGUAAUGUCUUUUGAAAUUUCACUGUUUACUAAUACAUACAAAUAAAUAGCUCAAAUCAUCA